ACUUUCGAGAUAAAAUGGCGACGUACAUACGACGCAGUUUAACGUCAAUAUUUUUACGUUCUUUAAAUGUUUAAGUAUUAAUAAAUUAAUAAAGUGACAAUAGGUUAUAUUUUUGUCUGUAUUACCCAUACUUUGACGUUUUCAUAAAACAUAAACAAAUAUAAAGAAACGUUAAAAUGCAUACAACAACAGAUUUUGUUUUACAUGGUGGUAAUGCAGAAUUUGCAAACAGACAGAAAUUGUUGUUUGACAAACUGUCAGAUGCAGAGCAAGAAUGUAAUAAGAAUAAAAUGGUUGUUGAAUCUACAGAAUCUGCAAUAGAUGUUGACAGUGACUCAAACUAUUCUCAAAUCUUAAGAGCUGGCCGUAAAAGUCAAACGAGAAGAUUUCGUGGUAAGGAGAGUAUUUUCAAACGGCCAGAAGGUCCAGCACCACGGGCUUUGAGCAGAAAUAUACCAGAUUUUCAUAAGAAUCCUCAUAAAUGGAAAAAAUAUAGUUUAGAUGAUGUAUCCAAUGAUGAUAUGACAGAAGAAAGUAAUACAAGGGCUGCAUUAUCAUUUCUGAAGGAAUUGAAAGCAAGAAAAUCAGUGGAAAAAAUACAAGAAUCAGAGAAAAUGGAUGUAGACGAGUCUGGUUCUGGAAGAAGGAGUCAAGCAAAAAUAACGUUCAAAUCUAAGAAACAGAAAACAUCUGCUGAAGAUGUUGAAUUUAAGAAACCAGAAAACAAUGCAGACAAAACAGGCAAUACGCCAGUUAUUAUUGAAACUGAUGACAAGCCAGUCUUUAGAAGUAGCAAAAUUAUCAUGCCAGAAUAUGUUGUUGGCCAAAAGAAGAAGAAAAAGGUUAAGAGAGACAUUCAUCCUAUGAAAGUAGACAGAGCUAAACAACUUAAACUGGAUCACUUGGAAGAACCUGAUGAAGAGGAAAAUUGAAAAUUGAGAAUUUAUUACUAUUGUAAAUGUAACUGCUUUCCAAGUUUUCUCUAUAAUAUGAAUAUUUGAUUUUCACCGAUGUAUGUAUUUUGAAUAUAGCGGCAAUAAAUACACUGUACGUAUUUCUUCAUACGUAUU